AUGGAGAUCAAGAAAUCUGCAUCAACCGAGGGUAAAGAGCAACGUCAUGAUGAGAUUGAGAGGAACAGUCAUAUAGAUUUGAUGUACCAUAUGAAAAAGAUAACAGAUUUUUGCCAACAACCAAGCUUGUUUGUUGAAAAAUACCCAGUGACCAAAUGGAUCACACCACUUGCCAAACUAGUUGGUAACGUUAAGGCAAUUCAACAAGAAGAAAAGUUGAGAGAGGCAAGGUGCAAAGGGAAGAUCAGAAUGGGAGACUUGAUGCAGAGAAUCAUGGAAAUGAUCCAGGCUGAGCAAGCAGCCAAAGGGUCCAACAAUGGUACUUCAAACUCCUUUAACAACCAUGCCUCCGGUCGCCAGGAUUUCGGCGGUGCAACUAUCAACAGCGGCCAACAUGCUGGGGACCGUAGCAGGUAUGACUUCUCAGCGCACUACGAUGAACAGGUUCUUAAUAAUACUGGUACUUUCAACGGUAAUGGUAACGGGGGCAGUAUCAAGGGUGGUUUUGAUGCCUCCACAAGGAACUACUAUGGUCGCCGUUAUUAA